GUGGGGAGGGAUUGAAUGUUUAUACUUAAUUUCCUUCUUUUGUUUCUUUAGCAGCCCCAGAUCAUAUUUACUAUUUUUAGUUUAAUAAAGAGACUUGUAUGCAAUGUAGGAAUAAAAACGAAAUUAAGAUAAUUUUUACUUUUAAAAAUCUCCUAAUCUAAUCCUAAAGUACAAAUUAUUGAGUACUAAAUUGAAAAAUUAAGGACCAAACAUUACAAUGCUCUUUUAGUUCGUCAUAUGAUCAUUUUUACAAGUAUAACCAAGGGACUUGUAUUGGCCUAAGUUGACGUUUCAUAAUUAAAAUAUACUAGGUAGUUUCUACUGUUUAAUAUAAUUUUGGUGUAUAUGGUGUAUUCUCCAACGAGAAUCUCUAUUGUUUUUGUUACAUGGUGUACGUACUUACACUACAAUUUUUCUACAUAUAUAGUUAUUGCUCUGAGAAAAUAUAUUAAUCAGUAGUUUACAUCUCCGUUUGAAAGAGUCAAGUGUAGUUAACUAUAAAAUCCCACUAAAGCUUUCCAAAGAAAAUAUAGUAGGCAAUUAUGCAUAGUAGCCAAUUAUUGAUUCUUCUAAUUGUGUCUGUGAUUUUAACAAGUAGUUGUGGUGUUAAUGCUCAGCUCCAGCGGGACUUUUAUCGGAAUUCAUGUCCAAAUGUGGAGUCCAUCGUCCGAUCAGCAGUUGAAGACAAGUUUAAACAGACAAUUGUUACAGCUGCAGCAACACUUAGACUCUUCUUCCAUGAUUGCUUUAUACAGGGUUGUGAUGCUUCCAUCAUACUGAGGUCGUCAGGAAAUAACACAGCAGAAAAGGAUCAUCCGGAAAAUCUGUCCCUUGCUGGAGAUGGAUUUGACACUGUUAUUAAAGCCAAAGCUGCAGUCGAUAAUGUCCCUGCUUGUAACAACAAAGUCUCUUGUGCUGAUAUCUUGGCCAUGGCCGCUAGAGAUGUCGUUGCAUUGGCAGGAGGACCAAACUAUGCUGUUGAAUUAGGAAGGAGGGACGGCAGAAUGUCUUCACAAACUAGUGUGCAAAACAAUCUACCCCACUCUAGCUCCGACUUAGAGAAGCUCCUUCCAAUGUUUGCCUCUCGUGGUCUGACUAUCAGACAUUUGAUUGCCCUCUCAGGAGCACAUACACUAGGAUUUUCACAUUGCAACCAGUUCUCAAGCAGGAUAUACAACUUUAGCAGCACACACAAGGUUGAUCCAACAAUUGAUGCACCCUAUGCUAAGAAACUCCAAGAAAUGUGCCCACAAGAUGCACCUCCUGGAGUAGUAAUCCCCAUGGAUCCAGAUACCCCUCAUGUGUUCGAUAACACAUAUUACAAGAACCUACAGAGCGGGAAAGGGCUGUUCACUUCUGACCAGACACUGUUUACUAAAAGGGGGUCAAGGAGAAUAGUGAAUAUCUUUGCAUCAAACAGGACAGCUUUUGAAAGGGUCUUCAUUGCUGCCAUGACAAAGCUUGGAAGGUUUGGGGUCAAAACUGGAAAUCUUGGUGAAAUUCGGAAAGAUUGUGCUGUAGUGAACUAAGUAAACAGAAGAUAGAGAAGAUCACAGAUUCAUAUAGGACCAUUCUGCAGCACUUAUUUCAAAUUCCAAAAAUUACACAAUAAGGCGUAAUCAUGUUCAUGAAGAUCCAGAGUACAUAAAAAAUGACUUGCUGCU